AUGCGUGUUAAACUGAUUCUUUUUAUCAAGAACCCCCAGGCCGACCAGGACCCGAAAGGCACAUCCAACUCGGUCGAAGAUAUCCGCCUCAAGGCCGAAUUUGAGACCCAUCGCGAUAUUCGGGGAUAUCUUCAAAGGUGGCAGGAUGUUAAUCCCAAAAUUCUUGACCCCAUUCGGGAACCCACGGUCAACCCUGCAUCGGGCCCUCCGGCCCAAUGGAUCGGCACAAUGCUCAACGGCCGCGAGGCGUGGGAAGCGACGUGGGAUAACUCGAAUCCAGCGAACCGGAAUGAUCUAGACCCCUCGGAUGACUUUGAAGGCGCACAUCUCGAGCCGGGCGACAUGGUAUGCCGGCUUUCUGCAGACGGGCUGUUCAACUUCGCAAUCUAUGUCCGGUCUAUCCACCGACAAUUGCAGUUUUAUACCGAUCGUGGCAACUGGCGCAUUUGCUCUAAUCGAGAACUCGAUUAUGUGGUCAAGGGUUUUGCUUCCCCGCAUUUAUUGGAGCCCAUCAAACCAUACUUUCCGGACGCCCUUGCGCAUGCCAAUAUGGAGAUCCAGACUGCCGCCGAGGGUGGACUACCGAGACCCCUCGGUGCUCCAUUACUACAAAUGAUGAGCAAUUUUCAGGAGCAUGUCCUGGAAUUCUACCGAAACCACUCUCAGGUUAUGGACAACCUUCACAACCUCGUGGCCGAUGACUCCGAGUAUUUGUGUUUGAGCCUGGAAGAUCUCACCAUGAGGGUCCUUGGGAUUGACAAGUCAGAACUGAAUAGCGUGAAUCUCUUUACUAUCCACAUGGCCGUUCGAAAGCAUCCCUUUAUCAUCGAAAAGGACUCACGCUCCUUGUUCAGCCAAAUGUACCUGGUGCAGCCCAAGAGGAUUGCCAAUACCGUCAAACAGGUCACCGAUUGGGUUCACGAACACCAGGAGUUUUGUAUCCGAGCAGUGAUGAAAAAGGAGACUCCUGGGUUCAAAGAUCACCCUAUGCAGCAGUUCAUUCAAAAAGCACAGCGUCUGAUUCGGCUGAGCAGAAAGAUUCGAUCCCCGACGAUCAUGUCCAGUGUAGGUCCGUCGUCUCAGAGAUACCUUCCGGGACAGGACGGUAAGCCGUUGGUGUAUCGGGAAGUUCUCACGGAGAAUUUCACCAAGAACGAUCAAACAAUCCUUGAGUACCUGCAGCUGUAUGCCAUUCCAGCCGUCAUGAUGGCUUCGGGGACCUUGAGAUCAACAGCUUCGCACAUCAUGCGGGCGACGGGCAUGUACAACGCUCUGGGUCUGAGUGAGUCCUCAACUCGUCUUUUCUUGCAGGAAUUGGGUGUGAUUGCUCCAUGGGAAAAUCUCGGCGUUCUUGACCAGAACCUUCUCCUUCCCGGACAUGGGAUGUCGGUUCUCGAUGACAUGAAAUGGGAAGAGAUCGAAGAAUCUUGCGCCAGCCUCCCAUCAGAUCGCUUGCAAGACUCGAUGCACCAUCUGAGAAAAGACUGGGGAGAUCUACCAGUUUAUUGCGUCGACGAUGCCACGGCACAGGAAAUCGACGACGGCGUGUCGCUGGAGCGGGUGCCCGGCUCCGACGAUACAUUCUGGGUGCAUAUUCACGUUGCUAACCCAACGGCCUUUUUGACGCAUGACGACCCGAUCAUGCAGUAUGCCGGCUUACGGCUUGCCACUACCUAUGUGCCCGAGCGUACUUACCCUAUGCUCCCUGAUACCCUGACUCAGGAUCAUUUCAGCUUGGCGGCUGGUCGGCCCACGCUCACGUUCAGUGCCAAGAUGAAUCUCCAGGGAGACAUCCUGGACACUGAGGUCAAGAAUGGGACGAUUCGAAAUGUCAUUAGUUUCACGCAUGGCACGUUGCGCACGUUUUUCAAUCCAAAUUCCAAGACAAAUUCCGACUCCCUCGUGGUCGGGGGUACUUUCGUGGACCCCGUCCCGACCCAAGGCAAAGCCCUUCAAAAGACACUUUCUUCUGAGGACCAGGAGACGUUCAGCCUCCUUCGCCAAUUGAUGAUCGCCUUCCGUCAUAAACGACAGCAAAACGGUGCCAUGGACUACCCGCCCUCGCGCCGCAACGCUUCAGUCUCAGUCCAAGUGGGCGAUGCACCUCUAAAGCCCUACGAGAUGCAGGUGACCGAGGGCCGGUAUUACCUGGGCGACCCGAUCAUCCGGCUAGGCAUGCAAUCGUUCGACCCACACGAGGUUCGCGAUCAGUCCAAGGACUAUCUGGUCUCGCUACUGAUGAACCUGGCCGGCCAUGUGGCGGGCCAAUUCUGCGCCGCCCGUAACAUCCCCGUCGUCUAUGACGGGACAUGGUACGACCCGGAAUACGGCCGUGUCACGCGGCACAACAUGGCCGAGUUUGGUGGACAGCGCUUUUUUGAGAUGGGCGUGCCCAAGACCCUGUCAGCUUCGACUCCGGUCCACCACCACGUGCUGGGCUUGGACGUCUACGUCAAAAGCACAAGCCCGCUGCGCCGAUUCACUGAUGUGAUUGCGCACUACCAGAUUGAAGCGGCAUUGCGGUUCGAGCACGAGCAUGGAAGGAAAUUCGACGCAGGCGCCGACCUUCCCGGUCAGCCUGCAUUGACCGUCGAUAGGCCGAACGACCCAGCGCCCGUCGUGUCUGCCGUCCUCCCUUUCUCUAAAGCCGACCUUGAUGCCCACAUCACCUUCUCGCAACCUCUCCGUGCACGCCUCCGCGAUACUUCCCUUUUCGCCUCGCAACACUGGGCCUGCAUGCUCCUUUUCCGUGCAUUCUACUUCGCCGAGUGCGCCCUCCCCGCCACCUUCCAGUGUCUGCUGCGCACGCCGCGCCUGGUACCCACGCGAGACGGCACGGUCUAUUCCGGUGUAAUCUCUGAUCUCGGCGUGGCCUGCGCCAUCUAUAUCCCAGAAGACUGCCCGGGCCGCCAGCAGCUGGAUAUCUUUGGGGUUGUUGAGGCCAGGAUCACGGCGGUGGAUAUGGCCACGCUAGAAGUGCACAUGGAAGCGACGCGGCUAGUGAAGCCGUUUGAGAGGACAGGCGAAUGGGCUUGA